AAACUUGCGCCGAGUUGAGGGGGUUACGAGACUUUUGAGUUCCAUUCCCCCAGAUCUAGCGACAGUCGAGUCCUCGACCCUCAGCUCAAGAUCUUCAUUCUGUAUCUGCGCUGCUCGAAUUUGGGGAUUUAAAGCGAAGAAAAGAAUUAUACUAGUUCGUUAUCUUGCCAUAAAUAGAAGGCAGUUAUGGCCGACGUAGAAGAGAACAGUUCUCUAUUUCUAAUAUUCGUCUUGACUAUAAUGGCUCUUCCUCUAGUGCCUUACACAAUUGUCAGGCUAUGCCGUGCUUUUUCUAGAAAAACGAAGAGUAUUCACUGUGAGUGUGCUUCAUGUUCAAGUUCAGGGAAGUACAAGAAAUCCAUUUUGAAGCGGAUAUCAAACUUCUCAACUUGUAGCAAUCUGACGCUUGUACUGCUUUGGAUCAUCAUGGGGAUUCUGGUCUAUUACAUCAAACAUAUAAGCCAUGAGAGCCAGCCAUUUGAGCCGUUCAGUAUUCUUGGACUCGAGCCAGGUGUUUCAGACUCUGAAAUAAAGAAGGCAUAUCGUAGACUCUCCAUUCUCUACCAUCCGGAUAAAAACCCUGAUCCAGAGGCACACAAGUAUUUUAUAGAGUUUAUAUCCAAGGCAUAUCAGGCCCUCACUGAUCCUAUAUCUCGUGAAAAUUUUGAAAAAUAUGGGCAUCCAGAUGGACGUCAGGGACUGCAAAUGGGGAUUGCUCUACCCCAGUUUUUACUCAAUUUUGAUGGAGCAUCUGGUGGAGUACUUUUACUCGGAAUUGUUGGAGUUUGCAUACUUUUGCCACUGAUGAUAGCAGUCAUAUAUCUCUCUAGGUCAUCAAAAUAUACUGGAAAUUACGUUAUGCAUCAAACUUUGUCCACAUACUAUUACUUCAUGAAGCCUUCUUUAGCUCCAAGCAAGGUUAUGGACGUCUUCAUCAAGGCUGCAGAGUACAUGGAAAUGCCAGUACGUAGAAGUGAUGAUGAACCCCUCCAGAAACUGUUUGUGGCAGUUAGAAGUGAACUGAAUCUGGACCUUAAGAACAUCAAGACAGAGCAAGCAAAGUUUUGGAAGCAACAUCCAUCUUUAGUUAAGAUGGAGUUGUUGAUUCAAGCCCAAUUAACCCGGGAAUCAGCUUUGCUCUCUCCAUCGCUUCAGAGUGAUUUUAAGGAAAUGCUAGAACUUGCACCUCGUCUUCUUGAAGAAUUGUUGAAGAUGGCAGUAAUACCACGUAGCUCUCAAGGACAUGGCUGGCUAAGGCCAGCAAUUGGUGUAGUUGAGCUUUCUCAAUGUAUCAUCCAGGCUGUCCCUCUCAGUGCAAGAAAAGUAACUGGAGGAAAUUCAGAAGGCAUAGCACCUUUUUUGCAGCUUCCACAUGUCAGUGAGACAAUUGUCAAGAAAAUUGGAAGAAAGAGAGUGCGGACAUUGCAAGAACUACAAGACAUGACAGUAGAAGACCGUGCUGAGCUGCUGACUCAGGUUGCAGGCCUCUCUCUAUCCCAAGCCCAUGAUAUCGAAGUUGUUCUUGAUAUGAUCCCUUCCAUCACUGUUGAUAUCACCUGUGAAACCGAAGGCGAAGAGGGCAUACAAGAGGGUGACGUCGUAACUAUGUAUGCUUGGGUUACCCUUAAGCGUAAAAAUGGGCUCAUUGGUGCCCUUCCUCAUUGCCCAUACUAUCCAUUCCACAAGGAAGAAAACUUUUGGUUGUUACUUGCCGACCCGGUCUCUAAUGAAGUGUGGAUGUCUCAAAAGGUUAGUUUCAUGGAUGAGGCUGCUGCUGUUACUGCCGCUUCCAAGGCAAUUCAAGAAACAAAAGAGAGCUUAGGUGCGAGCUUGAAGGAGAUAAGUGUUGCGGUGAGAGAGGCAGUUGAGAAGGUGAGAAGUGGGUCAAGAUUGGUCAUGGGAAAGUUUCAGGCUCCUGCUGAGGGGAGUUACAAUCUGAGUUCAUUCUGCUUGUGUGAUGCUUGGAUAGGUUGUGAUAAGAAAACAAAUAUAAAACUGAAGGUUUUGAAAAGGAGUCGGGGUGGGACUAGGGGUCAUGUGGCUGAAGAAGGACCUGUGGCUGAGGAAGGUAUCGAGGAGGAAGAAGAUGAGGAAGAAGAGGAAUAUGAUGAUUAUGAGAGUGAGUAUAGUGAUGAUGAUGAGGAUGAGAAAGAUGAGAAGGGGAAGGGGAAGGUUGUGAAUGGUGUUGUUCAUGAGAAAGGAAAUUCGAGCUCUGAGAGUGAUGAAGAGUGAAUGAUUCAUUUUUGAGCUAGAGAUUUGAAUUUGGUUUUCCUUACUCUGGUGGAAGCUCGGCCAAUUUAAACUGUAAGCUGCAACGAUAAGGUUCUGAAUCUUGGUGGGUUGGCUUGAAAGUGGAUUAUACGCGUAAUAAUGUCGCAAUUUACAUGUAAUAGUUGUAAAACUGAGAUAAGAGGACUGAGUGAAAGCCAACGGAGUGUAAUGAGUUAAUAUAUCGGGCUCACUGUAUGAGAUUUUUCCAUUCUACAACUUUAAAGAGAGAUCAAGAAACUGCAAGAUUAUGCUGGCUACAAAAAUGAACAUGUAUACUUUCGAUUUCUUCA